ACCGAUACUGGCAAGCGCCAACAUGAGAGCAUCAAGGGUGGCCGCAGGCAAGAGGAAGACGACUCUGAUGAAGAGCCCGCCCUAUUUAUGGCCUCGAAGAAGACGAAAUCGAAAGUGAAGACGGCGUCUGGCACCGUUGGGGCCAAGACUCCUUUCAAUGAGCCACUUUCGCCUCAGCCUACACGAUCGGAACCGACCGCAGGCCAGGCUAGCCGCACCAUACCGCAGACUUCCAGAGAUGAUGGCCAGGUGGAGGCGAGCGAUGAAAAGCGCAGCACAAAUGCAUCUCGUGCAAUUUUCCAGGACAAUAACAAGCUCGAAAAGCAGUCCCAGCACACGUCGGCUGGCCCAGAGGAAGACAAUGACGAGGGGUUUUUCGCAUUUGAUGACGAGGAGGAGACCAGCAGCAGCCAGAAGACUCGGGCCGCACGGUCCCGAACUGAAAAAUAUCUGACCGAAGCCCAAGAUGACGAGCCUGAGAACGUUGAGUACCACAAUAAUCACACUAAGGCAACUCGAUCGCACAGCGGUGGACGUGGGUCGCCUCCUACCAAUGCCAGCACCGGCUCGCAGCCUGCAAUUACGGUGCCGGCUCAGCAUCCUACGAAGCCCGAGGGAACUCGAUCAUUGAGCACGUCCAUCGGGUCAUACGCAGGGCGGCCUGUGAUGCCCGGCCCAGUGAAGGACCAAGAACUGCUCAAGAAGUUAGAGAGUGUCGACUCUGAUGUGCCGUUCUUCGUUGGCAGCGUCAAUGGGCGAAGCGGCCCCGAUGCCUCCAAUGUUAAGAGCUACCAGGAGCAGGGAUUCUCUUACGAUAGCGACAAGGAUGAGGCUGGGGACAACGUGGAAAUGGCGGCGAAGAAGACACGGUAGGUAUCGAUUGAACGCGACAAAACUUCCCAAGAUGUUCAUACAGAACGAAAUGGGUUUUCAACACUGCCGGCCGCGGUCUUGUCAAGUGCAUACGUGGCUUCCAGGGUCUCGUCGGGCUGUUCGUGGCGGUGUAUAUAGUCUGGUAGCUUUGGACAGCGCCAUGAGAUUCAGGACCGGCUGUUGCUGAUGCGGUCGCGCUGGAAGGCUGUCUGCUCCGAUCCUGCGUCCUUCAGCAGCCAAGAUCAGGAGACGAGCUGAACCAUAUCAUGUUCGAUUGUAUGGACAGAAGAAUAACUGUUUGGAUCAUGUUUGUCUAUCAAGGAAGGCAGCAUGUUUGAAUUGCACUGUCUCUCAGUGCAGGUUAGCAUUGCAUCUUAUGUGGUGUUCUGAACUGGCUUGGGCAGGAAAUUGUUUAUGGGACACCAUGGCCCUAUCAUUAAGUCAAUGGCAUCCAAUUAGAUGCGACAUGUAAAUUGAUACUGUAUAGUAAUCAGAGUUACUAUGUGCUGG